ACACUUUCAGAAACUUCGAUAUACACAUUUAUAUGAAAUAUUUUUACAGAUAAGCACUAAAAUUAGCUUACAUAAAGUCAUUACACAGAAGUUAAACUAAAUUGAAUUUAGACAUUUGUAGAGGAUGUCCUUAAUCCCUUUUUCUGUGGCACACUAUUUUUAAUAAUGAAGAAAACGGCAGGUAACAUGAUAUGAGAUUUUCUUGUGAGAAUAAUGAUCAAUAAUAUGAAUGUCUCUUUAGUUUAAGUAGAGCGAAAUUGAAUCCAAUCCAUUGGGUGCAUGGUGUAAUUUUCCAAUGAAUAGUGCAGGAUCUGUGACACAACAUUAACACAAAAAUCAACCUUUUUAAUCAUCAGGUAUUUAAAACGGAUAUGACCUAGCAUGUAAACUAAUGAUCUAGCUUUUCUCUCUCUAUUCUCUAUGGAUGGGGUUGUGUUUCUCCUCUGGUUUGUUUAGUUGGGGACACUUCAUUUCUAGUGAUUCUCAUAAAUUUAAUUCCAGAGAGCGUCUUUGCAUUUAAUAACAAAUGAAGCGUUCGAUCUGGUCAUUAUACAUCGCUAUCACUGUAUUCUUCUACUCUAUACUGUCCGGUGCUUUGAUACAGUCUGUGUUGAUAAAAGCGCUAUAGAACUAAGUGAUCGACUGACGUCAGAUUUAGGAUUACGUUGUUUUCUAACAGGGCUAAGAAUAACUUAAUAAGGAAGUGCACCGAGGGGCCAGCAGAAGAAUUACGAGAAGCUUCUGCUUACUAAUUUAGCUUUUGCUAAUACAAGCUAUUAGUGUGAUAAACAGUUCUCCUAAUAUGGGCAUAUCCUCUUGCGGUAUCCAAUAAAAGUUCUGAUGAAUCACGUAGUUAUUUAUGAAAUGAUGUAAUUCGUUCCUACAUUAUAAAGUAGGGAUGCUUGUGUAGGAGCACUGCUGUAACUGCGAGGUGAAGACUUGGUGUUAUUUUUGAUUUAUUGCUUGAGAGUCGUUGUUUAAUAAGGUGAAGCCAUUUUAAUUAUGUGAUAAAGCUUUUUAAAUAAGACUCACAAGUUUAUUAUCGAUAGAGGCAUUAUUUCAUAAGUGGAGCAGACAUCGCUUGGAUAUUAUGAUGUUUCCUGAUCAGAUCAGAGGUAUCUAUUACAGAGAUCCUGACCUCAUGAUGGAUUUUCCACUUGCCCUUUUUAACGAGACAAAUCAGAUGUUAUUCGAGGAGAGAUAUCACGAAAUUCAAAAAUAUUGGAUCAGUGACCAAACUAUGGGAUCUUGGUCUUGGUCGCUGCCUCUCUUCUGUAAAGGCUUAAUAGUCACACACGUCAUGCCCUCGAUCUACAUCUUCAUCAUCCUCAUUAGUCUGCCGCUGAACGCUUUGGCCCUGGUCAUGUUCUGUAGGAUUCGAGAGAAGAAACCAGCUGUGAUCUACAUGUCUCACCUGGCGUUUGUGGACCUGCUCUUCACCCUGCUGCUGCCGCUGAAGAUCCACUACCGGAUGAAUGCUUCAAACUGGGCGUUCGGGGAGGCGUGCUGUCGUUUACUCAACGCAGCUUACUACGGUAACAUGUACUGCUCCGUCCUGCUGAUGAUGUGCAUGAGCGUGGACAGGCUGCUGGUCGUGGCGUUCCCCAUCGCCUCUCUGAGCUGGAGGAGCGCUGGGAAAGCCACCGGCGUAUGUGUGGGGGUCUGGCUGCUGACGCUCGCCGGUACAGUGCCACUUCUCACGAUGAAUCAAACUACCGAGUUUGACGGUGGCACCUCCUGCUUUGACAUUUGGGCAGACCCUUCGGUGAUGUCAUACGUCUUGGCGUUCUUCGUCCUCCUUUGCAUUUGCUUCGUCCUGCCACUGGUCGUCAUCAUAGUGAGUUACUCUGUUAUCAUAUAUUUGCUCUGCACUAAACGUGUUCGCUCAUCGAGUUCUACAGACAAGCGGAGGAGGUCUGCGGUUCUGGCUACUGCUGUGCUGAUUGAGUUUCUGGUGUGCUUUGCACCAUCUAAUGCUCUUCUGUUGUACCACUGUGUUUCCGUACUCAAGGGUGGCGUUGGGUGGGACACCUACCCACCUUACCUGUUGGCUGUGUGUUUGGGAAGCUCAAAUGUUUUUCUGGACCCUCUGCUGUACUACUACGGAUCAUCUGAGUACAGACAGAAGAUUCGCUCUUUGUUUGUUUGUUUCAGCAAGGCAAAAGACACGAUCACACAAAAAUCCUCUUGUUUGAGAUGUACUGUAAAGCCAGAGGACGUCGCAGUGUUGGCCAACAUCCGGCCCACACAGCUCCGGGAAACAAACUAAUAGCCUAAAAGUAAAAGCAGAUAAAUGUGUAAAAGACCAUUGGGCAAACGUUUGGAGUAAUCUGUGACUGUUGUAAUACUUUAUAUGCAAACAGAUCUAUCUAUCUAUCUAUCUAUCUAUCUAACACUAUAUCAGUUUAUUUGAAGAAAUUAAAAUUACUCUGCAAAUCAAAAGUUAGAUUUUACAUCCAUAUUGUGACACUUCAGAGAAAAACAGAAUAUUUAAUGAGUAAAAAAGCACUCGUUGUUUGUACUUGGAAUUGAUUGGCUGUAGUGUUUAAAUCGGAAAUUAAUGUACGGAAAACACAAAGCUGAUUGUGAUAUAAAGUAAUUUUAAGUGAUACUGCUAUAUUAUUUUCUAAAAUGAGGUGAUAUAUAAGUAAAUAUAGUUUACGUAAAACUCAGAAGUAUGUAUGGUUGUUUAGACACUUGAUAAUGUAAACAAGGCUAAUCUAGAGGCUAAUUCCACGAGGUUCUGAUCUCAGAUGAAAGUCAUCUCUGGGUGUUAAUCCUCCCAGAAGGUCACUAAAGUGAAUUGCGAAUUGAUUCCAGAGACCGUCUCUGUAUUUAAUAACAAACUGUUCUCUCUCUUCAUUAUACAUCCCUGUCAGUGUAUUCUUCUACAUUAUACUGUACAGUGCUUUGAUAAAAACCUGUGUUGUUAA